AAAAACUUGCCUUUCAACGCCCAGAAGAUAAUUUCUCUUUCAAGAUAUGACUUUCAGUCACUGGUAAAAAUGCACAACCUCACUCCAGAGCAGUUAGACUGCAUUCAUGACAUACGCCGGCGAAGUAAGAAUAGAAUAGCAGCACAGCGCUGCCGUAAAAGAAAGCUUGACUGCAUUCAGAGUCUUGAGACUGAAAUUCGAAAAUUGCAAAAUGAAAAGGAUCACUUGCUGAAGGAGAGAGACCAGAUACUGUCCACACUGGGGGAGACGAAACAGAAUCUAAGUGGAUUAUGUCAACAAGUUUGUCGGGAGGCUGCGCUGAGCCGAGAUCAAAUACAGAUUCUUGCAAAAUAUUCAAGUUCAGAAUGUCCUCUUUCAUUUCUGAUCCCUGAAAAAGAUAGACCUCUUCCACAGAGUGAGUCCAUGUUGCAAACCUCCCAAGGUUACACAGAAGAAUUAUUAAACAUUGGAACAGUCUCACAUUCCGAAGGACAUGAGUGUGAUUACAAACUUUUGCCGAACAUGGGUGCAGUCCAAACAAUAACCUCUGAAUCUGCUUUGCCUACAAAAAAUCACAGUCGGAGUGGCAUUACAGAUUUUUGCCAGCAAAUGACUGAUAAAUGCACUACUGAUGAACAAUUCUAGAAGUCUGGUUUUUUUUUUUUAUAAAGCAUUACAUUUGUGCCAAUCUUUAAUAGGAAGGAAAAAUAAUGUCUUGUAGAAUAUGUUCUGCCUACAAAUUCCCUGCGUAAUCCUAAACACUGUUGCAGCUGUAAACUUUACAACAUGGUACUAACAAAAAAUAUCAUGUGUGGUGUUACUACCAGUUUGAGAUUUUACAAUUGCAAUAAUAUCUAGUCCAAUGGAAUAUAUCGACAACAACACACUUUAGAAAAACAUAAGUGUAUCUUGCAGUUUUACAUAAUCGCUCAGAAAGUACCACUUGGCUCUGUUACCUUUUUGGUUUUCAGAGGGGCAUUUUUGCAUAAAAUGCGUUACAGCAUUUUUAACUAUUUCCUUUAUUUUACUAUUUGUUUAAAGGGACACUGUACUCAAAAUUUUUCUUUCGUGAUUCACAUAGAGCAUGCAUUUUUAAGCAACUUUCUAAUUUACUCCUAUUAUCAAAUUUUCUUCAUUCUCUUGGUAUGUUUAUUUGAAAAGCAAGAAUGUAAGUUUAGAUGCCGGACAAUUUUUUGUGAACAACCUGGGUUGUCCUUACUGAUUUGUCAGCACCAAUAAACAAGUGCUGUCCAUGGUCCUGGAGCAAACAUUUGCUGGCUCCUUAGCUGAGAUGUCUUCUUUUUCAAAUAAAGAUAGCAAGAGAACAAAUUAAA